AUGGACAGUGCUGAACCCCCCAGUCAUCGAGACAAUGCCAUCUCUGUUGCUGUUCAGGGCCACGAGCCUCAUCGCCUCAGACCUGGUCCGUCCAGCAUGAUAUCACCUCAAUUUACCACGAGUCAGCAUUAUGAUUUGCGAGAUCAGCAGGAUGACCUCCUGGACAGGCUUGCGGGCCAAUAUACCUCUUUCGAAGCCCAUGACAUGCUGGUAAAGGCCUUUGAGAAGACAAUCACAGGAAAACUGUCGGCGAGUUUCAAAGACGGUAUCAGACUCGCUGAAGUUAUCGAAGACGCAAUCAAGCCAAAGAUUGGUAUCACCUUCCUCGCAGGCGCUGACACCCCUCAAGUGAACCAGAUGGAACAGAUCCAGAUGUCCCAGAAAGAGCCUGAUCAGAAGGACGCCUCAUGGCGAGUUAAUACUGCGGGAGCUCUGCUCAAGAAUUUUGACGUUGACAAAUCCAUGUCAAUCAUCGCUACUGACAAUACACCAACAGUGAUUGCUGCGGCACGCCAGCGCAUGAAUGCCACAGGCCCAUUUACUGAUCCUGAUACCCCAUCGAAUCAUCGAGCUCUAGCUCUACGGCGGCAUCAAGAUCGGAUUGUUACUAUACACAGUGACAAUGUCAAGGUCGUCAGCGAUUUGUUCUCUGACAAAUGGGACCUUGAAGGUCUCCUGGUCGAAGUUGAUCAGUCAAGCCUCGUCGCGGUCAUCUUGAACUAUCGGCACAUCAUCAAUCGUGGUGGUUCCAACCUGUCCUGUGGAGAGACAAUCAAGCUGCUUGAUAACAUGAUCGAGGAUGCUCGCAGACUCUGUAUUCGAAGUCCUAUUCUAUUCAGAAUGUCUACUCGAAGGCAUAUCAUCUCAUCCAAGAACACUCGCUAUGGCGUGGACCACGGCACGAUGUUUCAGACAUUGACUACUAGUAGUGGUAUCAAAAACAUUAUUUCCCUGAGCGCGGCCUAUUUCAAUUCGCUAGCUUCCUACAACAGGCAAGAACAACAACUGAUCCGACCUAGGUUUCUCCAGAUGCUGGUGCUCUUACUGUCUCUGCUCAACGACGAUGACCUGAGUGAAUUGGCCGAAUUCCUCGAAGUGACCUAUUCUAUUCAAGCCCACAGGCAGCACAUCGAACUUCUCAUCCUUAAAGUGCUCCCACUCAUGUCGAUAAACUCCAAAAUCUUUCUGCGGUCCCUCAUCAUUGCCUGCGAUGGUCCUCUGGCAAAUCCAGAUCCCGAGCUCUCUGAGCAGCCUCAACUCUGGAGCAUCUUUCUUCAUCAUCUGGUCGACCAUCAAUACCUUCUGCCCGGCACUCUCGAGCAGGUAGGCAGUCCAGAGUGCUCUUGGGUUAUCAAGUGGCCAGAAAAGGGUUACUCUGAUUCCGGCGUUUUCAAGCACCUGCAAUACGCUGGGCCAGCAAGGGCCAUAAAUGAGAUUCCUCCAAUUAAUCUUAGUACGGGAUACACCUCAAACGAAGUGACAAUCAUUCUCACGAAUGGCUGCCGAUACAUUGUUUCGGUGGAAGAUCUGGAAAAUAUCACUCGCAUGACACCGCGGCGUUAUGCGGUCGUUGAAGCGACUCCCGAGGGCAGGUCUUUCAACCUGGACAUAACGGAUGUCCAGGUCAAUGAGCCUCUUUACAGGGCCAUAUGGGAAAUCAAUACCACCCUCAACGUCGUAAAGAGUAUUCUCCCGGCUCGACCAAAACACACAAUGACUGCACGUCUCAACAACAUCAUUGGGGAAAGGAUUCCCCUCUCACGAAGACUCAGCCGAGGAGGGUCACCUAGCGAGCAAUCGCUUCUUCCAGAGAUCCAAGGUUCAGGCCGUUUGACAUAUCACGUUGCGUCCCUCAAUGAGCACAUGCUCGCCGUCACGUACAAGGUGGAGGGACGAAAAAUUACCAGGCGGGAGCUUGUGCGGCACCUGGCGUCGGAUCUUAGUAAGAUGCGCGCUGCUAUCGACGCUAUUGAGAUGACAGUGCAGCAGACAUUUGGCGAGAAGCGCAUGCACGAGCGAAUGCGACAGACGGUGGACAGUAUUCGGGAAAGGCUUGUUGCGGUGUGGCGCCUUUACAGACUCGCGGAAGAAAACAAAGAGAAGAUGGAAAAGUACUCGGCAAAACUGGCAGAUGAGCCAAUAUCAAAGGUUUUAUACCCGAUUGGUGCCGAAGAAACGCCCGUUGCCGUCUGGAACAAUUACAAAGCAUGGCGCGGCGGCAACGGGGAUGUUAUCUACAUCGAAUCUCAGCGUCGUUCUGUCCAUUCGGUCAUACUGUUGAACGAUGGUAUGACUAUGGAAGUUUGUUUCCAUGGACACGAAACGAAAUAUUUCGUCACCCCGCUGACAAAGGUCGAGGACGGCGAACACGAGGAAGAAAUCAAGCCUGAAGACAAUGUCAUUCUCGCAGGCCAAUACCUCAUUGUCGUCGAAAACAACGGGGUAACUUUCACGCCAAAUGAGCUGCCAAAUUCAUCUCAUCGACCUGCCAAGCCAAAGGACGGGCCUUUUGGACCUUCUCAACAUGCGCCGGCAAGGAAUGGGCCUGUCAAUGAGAGGUAUCCCAGGGCAGAAAGGCGAAGUGUCCCGGAAUCCGCUCGAAGAACUCACCGGCCCCAAAUGCAGCUGGAAACGGUUUUGAACUGGUUGAAGGUCACGGGAGUGGAAACUCCGAGGAGGAGGAGAAGACAUCCUCAGACUGACGCUACCCACAUGAUCAUUAGUGCUAUUCGUUGA